AUGCAGCCUCUUGUGGAAACAAGAAAUAAAGUAAAUGGAAAAUUUUUAAGUGAUUUUAGUGGUAAACCGAUAACAAUUUUAGGAAAAGUUAUAAAAGUUCAUUCAAAUGGUACAUUGUUUGAAAUGAAAUCUACGGAUAAUCAAAUUAUUACAGUUAUUUUGAAUGAACCUUUGUCUGAAAAUUUAGAAGGGUGGAUUGAAGUUAGGGGAAACGGUCAAGGUAGAAAUAGUGUCAUUUGUCAUAAGAUUUUAAAUUUGGAUGAUAUUUGUCAUUCUAUUGGUAUGUUUGAUGUUAUAAAUCUAUCUCAUACAAAUUCAGUUGAAGAUGCUGAACUAUAUGAUGAUCUUAUAAAUGUUAUAAAUUCUUGUUCCAAUCCUUGGUCAUCUUAA